AUGAAGCUUCCGCCAAUCGCCGUGGCCUGCCUGUCUGCCCUCGCCAUCGAUUCCUGCUCCAACGUCAUCGCACAACGACUCAAAGCGUGGAAUGAGUCGAAACCCUUCGUAUUCGACCGAGUUCUCUUCUUCCAGUUCGCCUUUAUGGUAGCCCUUACGGCACCCAUUAAUUACCAUUGGCAAUGCUUUUUGGAGCGUGCCUUCCCGGGCUGGAAAACAGCGAAGCGACAGCGACUUCUUGAGGCUGGCGAGGAGGAAAAGGGCAUUCUCUUAAAAGAGGACGGCGAAGACAAGAAAAUGAUAGAGGAGGAUGUUAGGGUCAGGGACUGGUGGAACAUUUUCAGGAAAUGGUUCACUGACUGCAUCACCAUGGGCGCCCUGUUGAACCAGUCCAUGUUCCUCAUCCUGAUGGGUCUUCUCAAACACAAGACAAUGGCAUUGAUCAUUCAAGACUUCCGUAACGAGCUCAUCGGGCUUAUUGUCGAUUCAUACAAAGUCUGGCCGAUUGCCAACUUCUUCUCCACGACAUACUUUCCAGUCGAAAAGCGUAUGAUCUUCCUCAGCUUCUGUGGGCUGUUAUGGAACAUUUACCUUUCUUUAGUAGCGGCUCGACUAUAG